GUACCUCUGGGUGUGUGUGUUUGUCUUUGGCCGCGCGCGCUCCCUGGAGACUGACACUAACCCGGUGUACCUUGAAGUGUGUGCACCGGUGUCCACUGGAGCAAAUGCGGAAUAAGGACCCGAGUGAAGGAAGUGGCCCAGUCGAUGGUUACACCAGGCACCCACCUUGGCAUGCCGAGGCUGUGGUGAGGCUAUGGUGUGAGACUAGCACUUUGUUGGAGAACCGGGAAGGAGGGACAAACCAUCAGCUGGGAUGGUCGAUGGUCAGAGAGGACCUCUCUAAAGACGUGGCAUUCGGCAAAGAUGUAGAUAAUGAAUCACUACGGGCAGCUGGGUGCGGUCUGAAGAGGUCUCCAGCCCUGAGGGCACCUUCUGCAAAAAUGUCUGCGGAUCCUUUAUCCAGCAAAGCCCUGAAGGUCAAGCGUGAGCUGAGCGAGAACACGCCGCACCUGUCGGAUGAGGCGCUGAUGGGGUUGUCGGUGCGCGAGCUGAACCGGAACCUGCGCGGUCUGUCGGCGGAGGAGGUGACACGGCUGAAGCAGCGGCGUCGCACACUCAAGACCCGUGGCUCUGCGGCCAGCUGCCGUGUGAAGCGCGUGUGCCAGAAGGAGGAGCUGCAGAAGCAGAAGUCCGAGCUGGAGCGCGAGGUGGACAAGCUGGCGCGCGAGAACGCCGCCAUGCGCCUGGAGCUCGACGCGCGGCACGGCAGGUGUGAGUCGCUGCAGGGCUUCGCGCGCUCGGUGGCCGCCGCCCGCGGGCCCACCGCACUGGUGGCGCCUGCCAGCGUCAUUACCAUCGUCAAGUCGACACCAGGCCCCUCCCCCGCUCCGGACCCCGCCCCCUGCUCUUAGUACCCGCCCCUUCCCCCGGCAACGCCCCUCCGACUCGACUCCCUUCCCAAAGUGCCUGAGUGCCUCCUGCUCCGGGUUUCUCUGCCUGCCACUGCUACCCAGUGUGGUGACUUCACAUUCCUUUCCUGGGCUCUUUUUAACUCUUGCAGACCCCCAGACUGGGACCUGAUGGCCCUAGGGAGGGGCAACUUUGCUAAGUUGCGGGGAGGGCGUUGGGUCCUGGGUUUCCUUGGGCUGAAAGUCCUUCUCAGAGUGGAAGGAGGUGGUGUAGAGAUGGCCCGGAGAAGAGCUGGCAGGAGAGGCUUUGGAUUGUACCAGUAUGUCCUUCCGACCUUCCCAGGACUUAGGACUGGGUGUGACCUUGUGGGGCUGCCCUGCUGGGAAGCAGAACUCAAGAGACCUCCCAACUCUGCUUGGGACCUGGGAAUGUCAGGCUUUCCCAAGCGAAGUCUUUGGAACGACCAGUGAAGCUCAGUUGACAGAUGGGGAAGCUAUCAGGGCGAAAUGACCCAAGGCCACACAGCACUGAGUGUUUGAUCUGCAGCCCAAAAUGGGGCCUCCUCACUGCUGCCCUAACAUUCCAACCAUGCAUUGACUGCACGGGGGGAACAAAGUUGUAGGAGGGCCUCUGGCCUGGGAGACCUUUGUCUAUGUGGGUGGGGAAAGAAGCUGAAGGAGAGAGAAGGUGACACAAUGGGAUGAGGUGAGGAGCUGGCCAGCCAGAGAAGGGACAAUGGGGAUGACCUCUGUGGUAGGUAGAGAGACACUACGGUCCUGAUGCAGGGAAUUUAGAAAAGGGGGUCCCUUGGGAUUAAGGCUUCUAAUUUGGUCCUGAGUAUCUGUGGUAGUGUGGGACUGACCAUUGGUCCCCUGGGAAGUCUGGCCCUAGCACCUCCCCUAUACUGUAUACAGCUGAACCCUUGCACUCUUAUUUAUUGCACGAAUCUAAGUUAUUCUAACCAGCCAGAGCCCAGCUUCUCUUCCCAGGGAAAUAUGUGGGCCCUGAGCUGGACUUUAUAUUUUAUAUCUACAAAUAAAUCACAUUUAAUCUUAUAUUUAGGGAAAGCUGGAUAGCAACAACAGCAAGGUUUUUUUAAAAAAAAAAAUUACCCAGCUCCCAGAGUUAUUUAUUUUCUGAUUUAAAGUGAGCCAGUUAUCUUCCUUGAGUAUUUUGUAGACUUUCUGAAUAAAGUCGAGCUCUUUUCCACAGA